GACAUUAGUUACCGCCCCUUUUCGAUUAUAGUUGUUUGUUUAAAAUGGUAGCUAACAACUCGCUCCACCAGAUACUAGCUAGCUAAUUUUUCAAGUUAUUAACAUACAGUAUUUCUUUUGGAGGUUUUUUUUCUGGAUGGGGUUUCAGCGGUUCUAGCUGCCACAAUCGACAGAUCCAUGUCUUUUCUGCGUUGGGUCUCAGAGAAAUUGAGUGUGGAGAGCCUGAGGGAUUUUGAGUUUUUUGGAGAGCAAGCUCAGGGAAGCUCUCACAGGAAAGCCCAUGAAGACAGCCACGAGAGCCUGACCUCAGUCCCACGGCGGGACACCAUGGGAAGCUUCCUCCCUGACAGCAGCGCCUAUGAGCUCCUGACCAUCCUAGGUCGAGGCCUGGAGGACUUGAUGACCGUCAACCUUGCCAGAUACAGACCCACAGGGGAACAUGUAGCAAUCCGUCGGAUUGACCUGGAGUCCUGCACCAAUGAAAUGGUCAACUACCUGCAGGCUGAGCUCCAUGUAUCUAAGCUGUUCCACCACUCCAGCAUCCUGCCCUACAGGAGCAUCUUCAUAGCAGAGAACGAGCUGUGGGUCAUCUCUCCCUUCAUGGCCUAUGGGUCGGCCAGAGACCUGAUCAGCAGCCACUUCACUGAUGGGAUGAAUGAGCUGGCUAUCGCUUACAUCCUACUGGGCAUGCUCAAAGCCCUGGACUACAUCCACCACAUGGGCUAUGUACACCGGAGCGUGAAGGCCAGCCACGUGUUGAUCUCGGUAGACGGUCAGGUGUGUAUGUCUGGUCUGAGGAGCAUCAUCAGUCUGAUCCGUCACGGCCAGCGGGCCAGAGUGGUCCAUGACUUCCCCCAGUACAGCAUCAAGGUGCUGCCCUGGCUCAGCCCAGAGGUGCUGCAGCAGAAUCUGCAGGGAUACGACUUCCGGUCAGACAUCUACAGUCUUGGCAUCACAGCCUGUGAGCUAGCCAAUGGACAUGUGCCCUUCAAAGACAUGCCAGCCACACAGAUGUUGCUGGAGAAGCUGAACGGGACAGUCCCCUGUCUGUUGGACACCACCACCAUCCCCCCAGAGGAGCUGACCAUGAAGCCCUCCCGCUCUGGGGCUGACUCUGGGAUCUGUGAGGGCCCCAGCACCGGAGGGGCCCACCACUCUAACGGAGAGCCCUCCUCCUCGGGGAGCCACCCCUAUAGUCGUACCUUCUCUCCCCACUUCCAUGCUUUUGUGGAGCUGUGUCUACAGAGGGACCCAGAGAAGAGACCCUCAGCCAGUGCUCUCAUUGGUCAUUCCUUCUUCAAACAGAUCAAGCGUCGGCCAUCGGAGGCUCUGCCUGAGCUGUUCCGGCCCGUAACGCCCAUCACGGGCUUUGAGAGUACCCAGCCUCAGGAUGCUGCCUCUGGACUGGCUAGCCUGGAGUCUGGCCUCAGCCACAUGGAUGUGGAUGACUGGGACUUCUGACCACACAGGAACAGGAAGGAGGUGUGUGUAGUAACCAAGAGGUUAACAGGAGACGCUCUGAGAAGACUUCGGACUGGAUUUACGCAUUGUUCUUAUUAAAUGGCCCAUGUAAAUAAUUCAAACUAAGCAGUUUCUCCUCCCUUUGACUGGGUUAACGCCAGCUUCCAUCUCACCUCUUUGCUAUCGCUCUAGUCUAAAAGAUGCAUGAGCAGACAGACCCUUGCACUGACUGACACCCAAUUCCUCUCACGCACACAUCUCUCCAGAUUCUACUAAAGCUCUGGACCCAUCGAAGAACCGUAUGGGGGAGUAUGUCCAGUCAGCUCUUUCACUUGCCAAUGGAGAUGUUCCAUUAAAGGUAAAGCAGGGAGACUACCUCUUAUUUGAUCUGAGCUGUACUUGACCCUAUCUAGAGCCAUCUGUUGACAUUAAAGACCAGGAACUGACCGCAUUACCAAGGGUUGAUCCAAUCAGCCAUCUAGCCAGCACAACAGAUGGAAGAUUCCAGAAGUUUGUCCAAGGCUAUCACGAACCAGACAGUGUUUGCAUUUCCUCACAGCUGAGAAGAGACUCUCAUACUGAACCAUCAGUUUUACAGGAGAGGGAAGAAAAAAUCUGUUUCUACCUGAAACCCUCAACUGAAGAUGGCAAAGCAAGUUAACACUAGACUGUGCCAACAGGUCCAUGUAUUUGAUUAACCUUCCUGUUAUUGGCCAUUUAUGUCCUGCAAAAAAGUGAAUGUUACAAUGGUGCUUGUUUCACGAAGGGAAAGUGUUGGGAGUGUCAACUAUUUUACUUGAUAAAUACCUUUCACCUC